AUGAACCGCCCCUCACGAACUGACGAGCCUUACGAGGGUGAAGGGCACAAUCAGAGCCCAAAUUCUCUGCCCAAUGACCUGACUACCAACGAGGAUCUCAACGGCAUUGCCAAUGCUCGGGAAGCGAGGCAGAAAGAUGAGCUCUUGCGAUUCAAGAACGGGCCGCCUUGGUAUGAGAAUCAUGGCGAGACUACGCCGUCCGGCGAAAAUAGACACCAUUGGCUGACCGGCGAUUCCGCUGGUCAGCCCUCGGGAGGGGCGGUCGGAUCUCAUGAUCCAACCCUCCUCCCUAAUUCCCCCUCGACUUCCAUGCGCAGAAGUCAUAGAUAUGCUUCUGGAUGCAAGUCUGCUCUCCAGCGGACAAAAGAUAGCUUGAUGAAAUUUGGCACAUUCAUUGGCCCCGGUUUUAUGAUCGCUGUUGCAUACAUCGAUCCCGGAAAUUAUGCAACGGACGUCGCUGCAGGCGCAAGCUACGAAUAUCGGCUACUGUUCGUCGUUCUCCUUGCGAAUAUUUUCGCGAUAUUCCUCCAAACGCUUUGCAUAAAGCUGGGAACCGUUACGGGACUGAACCUCGCCGAGUGCUGCCGCGCCUUUCUUCCCUGGUGGCUCAAUCUGGUGCUAUACAUAUUUGCUGAGAUAGCAAUAAUUGCAACGGAUAUUGCAGAGGUUAUCGGCUUCGCAAUCGCUUUGAAUCUUCUCAUCCCCGCGGUGCCUUUGGUGGUUGGGUGCGCCAUUUCAAUCUUAGACGUCUUCGUGACGCUCUACUUCUAUAAUCCAAAAGGGUCUAUGAAGGGACUUCGAAUCUUUGAGUGCUUCAUUGCGUGUCUGGUCCUAAGCGUCGUAGUCUGCUUCUGUAUUCAACUAUCGAUGAUCAAGGAAACACCUGUUGGAGACAUCUUCAAGGGCUACCUACCUUCCAAGGCAAUUAUACAACGUAAAGGCCUCUAUCUUGGCUCCGGCAUUGUGCAGCCCCGCCUGCGGGAGUUUGACGCCAAGAACGGCUUGCUCUCCAUGAGCGCAUCUACAGCCCAACAGGACGGAGAGGAUGUUGAUAAAAGCCAGUAUGUGCCCUCUCUCAAAGCCAUACGUCAUGCCAUGACCAUGUCUUCCUUCGAACUUGGCAUUGCCCUUUUCACUUUCGCUCUCUUUGUCAACUCAGCCAUCCUUAUCGUCGCAGGCGAUUCCCUGUAUGGAGCUCCAAAUGCCUCCGAUGCCGAUAUCUUCAGCAUUCACGAGCUUCUGUCGCAGUCAAUUUCGACCGCGGCUGGCACCAUGUUUGCGCUGGCACUGUUGCUAUCGGGCGUCUCAGCUGGCAUAGUCUGCACUAUUGCUGGCCAGAUGGUGUGUGAGGGCGCGCUGAACUGGAAGAUGCGACCCUGGUUGCGUCGUUUGGUCACGAGGAGCAUCAGCAUCACGCCGAGUGUCAUCAUCGCAGGGGCGGUGGGUCGGCAGGGGAUCAGCGCUGCUCUCAACGCAUCACAGGUCGUUCUCAGUGUCGUCCUUCCUUUUCUUACGGCACCACUGAUCUACUUUACCGGUUGCGGCAAGUUCAUGACGGUUCAGGUUGAUUCGAUGCGCGAUGAGGGUGAGCAUGCUGGUGGUGUUCGCGAUGUGGCGGCCGGGGAACGCAGCAUCAUCACCGUCCGGCUGGCGAAUUCAUGGUACACCACUGUCAUUGCUGUUCUGGUGUGGAUUGCGAUCGCUAGCAUGAACGUUGCCAACCUUGUUCUCCUGGGUCAGGGCAAUUAG